AUGUCUGUUUUUAUUAGGUACCAAAAGCUCUCUAAAAACGCUCACGUUCCAACUCGUGGUACAGCUCAUUCCGCUGGACUUGAUCUUUAUAGCUCAGUCGAUACAGUUGUACCAGCUAAAGCUUGGAACAAUUUUAUCAGUGUUGGCGCCGGUGUAAUAGAUCCAGAUUACAAAGGUCCUCUUAGAGUUCUUCUUUUCAAUUUUGGUGAAAGUGAUCAUAUUGUAUCAAGAGGUGAUCGGAUCGCUCAAUUAAUAAUUCAACCUCGUACAUACAUAUUACUUAUCCAACCUGAAUUUGAUUCUCCACCUCAAGAUAAAACAUACAACAGCGAAAGUGCUAAAAAGAUCGCUAAAAUAGAGGAAUCUGAUUCUGAAGGUCAGCCAGGUACAAUUUCAAAAGAAUCAAUACCAUCAACAUCUACAGCUGAAACUGUCAGUGAAGAUAAAGAACUUGGAUCUACUGAUGAAAAGAAUGAUCAAAAGGGUGAUAUUGAUACUAACGAUCAUAUUGCUGUUCUCAACUUUAUGGAUAGUGCUUAA